CAACAGUUUGAUUCGAUGCCAGAAAGAAAGCACUCUUGUAUUUGUGUUAAAAACUCUGAGUUCUCAAACGGGCUAUUUAGUGGAAAAUUUCCGGCGAAGCGAUUUUCGAAGAAUCAGAAAACAGCCGGUAUCGUUCGUUUGUUUUCAUACCUGAGAGGUUUUGCCAGAAUGUCUUGGGACAGCUAUAUUGAUAACCUUAUUGCACAGACAAAAGAUGCUAGUGGUGAGACACACUGUGAUAGAGCGUGUAUAAUUGGUCUUGAUGGAGGGGCUGCAUGGACUACUGCUGGUCAUGCAAAUGCCUUAAAGUUACAAGAUCCUGAAGGGCCUAACAUUGCAAAAUGUUUCAAGAGCAAGGAUUUCACAGCAUUCAUGGCGAGUGGUGUUUUUGUGGAAGGAAUAAAGUACCAGUUCCUACGAGAAGAAGACAAAAAGUUAGUUCUUGGUAAGAAGAAGGGUAAUGGAGCGAUCACUCUGCAAUCAAGUAAAACAGCAAUUGUCAUAGGCCAUUGCCAAGAAGGAGGUCAACAGGGGAAUGCGAACAAAGGUGUAGCGGUAAUUGCAGAGUAUCUUGAAAGCCUUGGCAUGUAAUUCAAAGACUAAAAUGUGUUAACUUUGUUGUAGUUUGAGGAGAUACUGUAUUUUGAACCUUCCAACUAAUUCUCUGUAACAGCGCUGUGUUGAAGAUGAGAUUAGAGUUCAUAAAAAUGCCUGGUUAUUGAUAAACAUUUUACUAGUUUUCUAGCUGUGAUUGCAAUAAAGUACAUUAUUUAGUGACAGUGUUAAACAGGUUAUAAGUUGGCUUUCUAUUGUAUUGUUUUAUUUGGAUUAGAAAAUGAGAAGUUCUUGAUUUUGUAUUUGAUUAGAAUUGAAGUCUCUCCAAGAAUUGUAAAAGGCUGCACUCUUCGAGUAAGAGGAAACACCUUAAUAAAUAUGUCAAUUUCUGUGUGCUA